GCAUUAUAAAUAAGCGCGCUAAUGGAAUACGAUUUUAUCGGAGAACUAUCCGUGGGAACUUGGACAGAUCUUCUUGGAGGAGCAUCUGCGGAUAAAAUAUUCGUGGUGCACCAGUGGAAAUAAGGAAUCACCGCAUGGGUGAUCUAUUUUAGAAGACGCGAACCGCUCUCCAUGGGUGUCUAGCCAGCGGAAAAAUUGAAAGGCCGCGCUAAUUCGCGCGACAAUGCCUCCCGACAGCACGCCGGAACGGAAGUUUAUCGCGAACCUCGCGAAAAACGACCUUUGGCCGGACGCCAAUCGUGGCACGAUCUUCCGGGGCUCAUGGCCAAUGACGAGGACCACUCUUGUCGCGCCGACUUGCAUAAUUUAUUAUCGACCAACGUUUCGACGACAAAUGGUCGACGUUUCAUCCUAUUGCGAAAAAUCUCGUGGUCAAUGAUUAGACGAAUUCCAAGUUACUCGAAGAAGCAAACCCAUUGAACGGCCAUUGAAAGUUUGGAACGUGAAAACGAAACAUAUCUCCAUGAUUCCUCCGUAACCUCGACUUGGCGAUCUGACGUAAAGGUGAUGAAUGCACCGGCAUUUAGCAAAGUCGCUCGCCGGCUUGCGAGAGUCGCCUAGACGAUAGAAGGAUCAGGGUGUAAAAAAGCAGCGACUACGUUGGCGGAAGGACAAAGGAAAAGAAGAAAGAGAAAGAGAAACGUGGAGGGGUGGAAGAGGAGACGCGGGAUCCAAAGACACGGGGCUGGAAAGCAGAGGGGGGGGGAGGGGAGGGAAGGGGAGAGAGAAAGAGAAAUGAGGGAAAAGAGGGAAGAGGUUGUGCGCGCGGAAUUCAGAAGCGGAAAGAGGGAUGGAAAAAAAAAAGGAAAGGGGGAUAGAAGAAGGAGGAAGAGAGAGAGAGAGAGAGAGAGAGAGAGGAGGGGGGGGGAUAGGGAGAGGGACGAGAGGAUAGGGUGGCGGAGUGAAAGAGUAAGAGAAAGAGAGCAGGGAUUAGAUCUCAGGGUGAGUGGGUAGGAUUGGAUUUGGCAGAGGCGGCUCCGUUGGUGGUAGAAGGUUGCCGGAGAAGGAGGAAAGGGGAAGUGGAGACUUUGGUUGGUGUCCGAGUGGUGGUGGGGUUGUGGAUGGGGAAACGCACCGAGCCAAGGGAGAGUGUCAGAGAAGGAGAGACGUAAGUGACAGAAUAGGUGGUGGUGUAGGUGAACUGGACAACCACCAGAACUCUCGCCAGUAUUUAAGGGAGAGUCGCGAGCGUAGCGCGCCAGUUACUACGGCCGAUUGCCUCCACGAGGUGUCCCCGAGAUAACGGAGUCAACGUGCACCGCGCUCGAUUCUGGUGCGGAAAGAAAAAGGGCGCGAAAAGUCUUGGCCACGUGACUCGAUUUUGCGAAACGCUCCGCUUUUUUUCAUUUUCACUGCAUACCGUUGUAUCGUUCCCUCCCCCCCCCCCUUCCCUCCCAUUCGUAACAUUCGUUUUUAAAGCAUGAAAAUUCAGUGACGUAUGAUGAUGUAGCUACGGAAAGUUAAGUACGACGAAGUUAAGAGAGUUGGAAAGAUUAGAAUAAUACAAUUAAUAAUUGUCGAGAGGGGAAGUGAUGAUAGAAGAAGGUGAUUGAAGUCGGGUGAGAGUCGUCGAACAUGAAGGAAUGUGCAUCCUUUGAGAAAAUUUGUCGCAGUUCACGAAAGUGUACGAUUUAUGGAAGAAUUUAAAUCGUCGCACCGAGGAGUCUUUGGUACUUUCGCUCGCGGGCCGUGCAGAUGAGCGUGAUAUCAAGGGAAAGAAGGCGAAUCGUUGGGAUCCGGUACCCGAUGCUGGCGGCGUUGGGGCUGCUCCUGGUGUUGACGGACGCCGGGGCUGUUCACCAACAAUCGAACCUUCUCCUAUCCUACGCGAACACGUCGUUUGGAUUCCCCGGGACCACGUCUAAUCGCGGUAUUUCAGUAACCAGGGUUCUGCAAGACGGGGAACUCGAACGUGUGAUCCGGUUGCCUGGAAUUUGCGCCAAGGAGACCAUCGUCAAUUGGGGAUACACGGACGUUGCAUUGAGACAAGUCUGGAUACAGAAGACGGGGAGAAAAUUGCAAUUGAUAUACGAGGGUGGCACAUUGACCGACUGCAUGGACGAUAUACUCACCGAUAGCGAAGAGAGAUCUUGUACGUCAAGCACACAUUUGGACGACGAUUAUGACGACGAGAUAUCCGUGGAAUUGUUCGAGGUGGACGGGCAGGAGGAUGCAUUGAGGAUCCCCCAAGAUCUAUCCUGGCUCUCCUCCGUGUCCAACUUACGUCAUCGAUGUACCCACGUAAGGAACAGAGCGCGAAAUCAACUGAUUUCUCAACACCGGCGAAGGAAAUAUUCAAAGCUUUUAAAUGGAACGAAUAGCGGCCACCGUCAGAGACGAGGUAAAAGCCGUUCUCGAAGAGACUUGUUGAUGAUCCCAGGAACACAAUGGUGCGGUCGUGGUCAUAGGGCCACGAAAUAUACGAACUUAGGCGGUUUUGGCACAGCAGAUGCUUGCUGUCGAAGACACGACACAGCGUGUCCCUUUUUCAUCCCGGCUUUCGAGACACGCUACGGUUUCUUCAACUGGGGUAUCUCAAGCAUGAUGCAUUGUGCCUGUGAUGAACGAUUUCGAACGUGUUUGAAGAUGGCGGGUACAGCAUCGGCAAAUUUUAUCGGCAAGAUUUUCUUUGAUGUUUUAAGAACGAAAUGUUUCAUAUUGAAACCGCAAAAGAUUUGUACGAAAUGGUCCUGGAUGGGCAAAUGCCAGCAUUAUGAAUAUCGAAAGCAGGCUCAUGUUCGCGAUAAUGUUCCUUAUCAUUAAAAUGGAAAAGUAGCGGAUAUGUUUGGGGAUAUUCUUUUUCUAGAAAUGUCAAUACCAAUUCUCAGGGAUGUAAUAGUUUAUCGAAAGUGUUCGAUCAUGACUUAAAGGCAUGCAGGACAAUAGAUCAGAGAUAAAAACAAUCAUCCUCUUUAAUUUUUUAACUACAUGAAUGACAAUACAUAGUGGUCACGAUAGAAAAUUUAAUCAUUAGAACAGAUUUGAAAUUGAUUUGAAUUUAAUAUAUUUCAAAUUUCUCGCAACUUUUCAUCAUGUUGAGUUAAUUUUGAUUUGCAAUAAAAAAAUAAAUUCGAAUUUAUUUUUGAAAUAUUCAAAAUAUUCAAAAUAAUAUUAUAAAUCUGACAUGUAAUAAAAAUCAAUAAUAGAAAUUUUCAAUUUUUGAUUUUUCAAGAUUAAAUUCUCUUUAAAUGGCAAAUAAUAAAAAGAAACGAUAAAUGAAAUCGAGAAAUGAAAUCGUUUGAAAUAGACAGGGUAUCAUUUCUAUUAUCUAUAAGUAUAUAUUAACUAUGUAGUCUUUAUUGUUCUCAAAGAUGCCAAAUAAAUUAUUCUGUAGAUAAAUCAUAAUAAAAAUGUACAUAUAUUACGAAUAGCA